AUCCAAUGGGUUUUGAGAAGGAGAGGAGAGAGGACUCUAGGAGUAUGCAAAUUACCUUGGUUUCCACUAAUGCGAUUCAGCCUCUGCCCUUGUCAAUAUACAAAAUGUCAGCCACCGUUGGGAGACUACUAAAGACCUCUGUAAGUUCAUUUAGAAAGAUUUGUAUUUUACAAAGUUACCAGUAGUAGUGGGCUGCAUUGAAAUACAAAUGGUAUAAUGGCAAAUUAUAAUUGGCAAUGCGAAUUGUACGAAGAGAGGCAGAAAGUCUCAACUGAGCUUGACGGUAACGUCACUGUGACUUUAUUCAGGACAAAUCCCUCUGCCCAAAUAAAGCCUUACCGCUAAUGGCAAAUUAAGUAAAAACUCUAAAUAUACAAUCACUGAUUAUACUAACUGUCUAAUGGUCAUCAGCGCCAAUAAUAACGGUUGUUGUCACGAAGUGCAAUUUCUCUUAUCUCUAACGUUACCCCCUCCCCAUCAAGGCAAAGGUUGCAUCUGGAGUACUGAAAGUAGCAGCAUCGCCACAUGGAAAUUCAGUGAGCAAGGCCUCAAGAAUUCUGAUCUCUCCUGUGCUGCAGAAAACCUGUUUCUCCACCAGUAUGUAUAGACCAUGGACAGGGAAUGUGAUAUGAAGUUGAUCAAAGUGAGGGGUGGAUGCAGAAAUUAUGCAUAUCCAAUUGCAUUCCCAAAACACAUUCAGUAACUGCUGAAGUUUUAUACAAUUAUAUUAAAGUCAUGCAAUAAAGUAAAUGUUAUAACGUUUUUGUCCUUCACCUAAAUACAGACUCCACUUAAUUCAUUUAAUAUCUUUCUCCCAAUAGGUACAGCUGGAUGGGCUCCAGCUGUCACUCAACAUGCACCACAUUUUAAAGCUACAGCUGUCCACAAUGGCGAGUUCAAGGAGAUGAGCCUAGAUGACUUUAAGGGCAAAUACCUGGUCCUUUUCUUCUACCCUCUUGAUUUGUGAGUACCACUAUUCCCUUGGAAAGACAAGCAUGGAUUGCUGUGUUUAGCUGCAUGUGGUGUACAGUACACCAUCCUUGACUUUAUUCAUCUUUAGAAUUAUUUAGCGGCCUAUGGUCUUUGCACUACAGAUUGUGGAUGUGACAUUUUAUUCCGAAACCUUUUUUUCUUUCUCCUUACAGCACGUUUGUUUGUCCGACAGAGAUCAUCUCAUUCAGUGACAAGGCCAGCGAGUUCCAUGACAUCAACUGUGAAGUGGUGGGCGUGUCGGUGGAUUCUCACUUCACCCACCUGGCAUGGAUAAACACCCCUCGCAAGGUACAGUGGGUGUACAUAGAGUAGUAUUCCAUAGACAUAAAGAAAUCAUUCCAUAUACAUACAGACAGUAUUCCAUGGACAUAGACAUUAUUAAGCCUGGCGGGUAGGAGCGUUGGGCCAGUAACCGAAAGGUUGCUGAAUCGAAUCCCCGAUCUGACAAGGUAAAGAUCUGUCAUUCUGCCCGAGCAAGGCAGUUAACCGACUGUUCCCCGAGCGCCAAAGACUUGGAUGUUGAUUAAGGCAGCCCUCCGCACCACUCUGAUUCAGAGGGGUUGGGUCAAAUGCGGAAGACACAUUUCAGUUGAAUGCAUUCAGUUGUACAACUGACUAGGUAUCCCCCUUUCCCUUUAUUACAUAGACACACAGUGCUAAUAAAUUGUCAUGGCAUCUUGUUCUCAGGCUGGAGGUUUGGGUGACAUCCACAUCCCCCUGCUGGCAGACCUCAACAAACAGGUGUCCAGAGACUAUGGCGUACUUCUGGAGGGUCCUGGCAUUGCACUGAGGUACUGUGCAUUCCAAAUGGCACCCUAUUCCCAAUAUAGUGUAUUUCUACCAUGAUAUUGAGUAGUUGUCCAUUGUCUGUUUGUCCAUUAGGGGACUGUUUAUCAUUGAUCCGAAUGGUGUGGUGAAGCACAUGAGCGUCAACGACCUGCCAGUAGGCCGCUGUGUGGACGAGACCCUGCGUCUGGUGAGGGCCUUCCAGUUUGUGGAGACUCACGGUGAAGUGUGCCCUGCUAGCUGGACCCCUGACUCUCCUACGGUGAGGCCACUCCCCUUCACUACCCUGCCAGGGCCUCGGACAACUGAAAUGAAUACAAGCACCAAAAUAUGAGUAGCAAGGACUUUGUCUUGGUGGUCUCCCAUCAGUUCAUUGUUUUUGGAUGAUCAGUUUGCUUACUACAUGUUUUUGUUUUUCAGAUCAAGCCAACUCCAGAAGGUUCAAAGGAGUACUUUGAGAAAGUCAACGACUAG